CAGCAUCAGACAUGCACACGACCGAUCGUGCUUUCGAUAUUUCAAAUAUUAAAACACUCGGUAGAUCUCGCGCCCGCGAAUACACUUGCCUGUGCUUGCCGACGCGCGAGCAUAUUUUCCUUAUGCGUACGGAAGAAAAAAGAUAUAUCCUCUCUGCAUAUAACGCGGAGAGAUUCCAUAAUUUUUCGUGGAAAAAUUUAAUUCCACGAUGACGAUCCGAUUCUCUAGACGAUAAAUUGGACUUACACCGAUGUACCGAAACCUCGUGGAUCAUCCACCCUACCGACGAACCAUCCCUCAAUGAUCCAGCCUGGAACAGAAAAAGAGAAUAAAAACAGGAGAGAAAAAAGAAAUAAAGAAGUAAAGAAACGUGCGCCCGCGUGAAAUAGAUAAAACUGAGAACAAGGGGUAUACAUCCCGAAGAUCGUUUCACCCAAACAAAAUCAUAACAUCCCAUCCUAAGGGCUAAAACUUAAGGACCCUCCUUCUCAAAGAUUACAGGAUGUUGAGAAAGCAGCAUGAUCAAGGGGCCCACAACCAUGGAUCCAACUCUACUCCCAAAGAAGGUACGUGAAUUAUAAAAGGUUGAGAAACACUGGCUUAAAUGAUCGACUAACAGUGACUAUGAAGGACACAUCUAUUAUGGCAUGUAGUAAAGUUUAUAAGCGAAAAACGUUUUAUGUCCUUAUAAGUAUACUGUUCGAGUUAAAUCGCAAUGACUAAAUGAAACGUUUGAUAGAUAUAUCUUAGUCAUAAACGCUGUUCUUUAUUCUGUACGAGGAAUUUAUUUAUUUCCAUUCUCAAGUGCAGUAUCUCGCUAGUCUUUCAAGAGAUAAUACAGUAUGGAAACGUGAGAAGUGAAAAUACUUGAAGUUUAAAUGACAUUACGUUUUCUUUUACGUUCUAUGAAGUGAAAAAUUAAUUUUCGUUAUACGUCUAACAUUUAUUUAUUUCAAUACAGAUUUAAUAUAUAGAUUUAUAUGUAUACAAUGAGUAUGAGAUUAAAUUUUUAUAAUUACAACAAAAUGUCCGUCAUUAAUGGAUUAUUGAAACGUUGUAUAAAAACUGUGCCAUAUUCGAUCGAAACAAACGAUAAUGUAACAACUGUUCGCUCUUAUGACGAUAUACCUGGACCAAAACCGAUAUGGUUAAUAGGCAAUACUUUUAGAUUUAUACCUUUUAUCGGCGAAUUUGGAAAUAAGUCGUUUGUAACACAAUUAAAAAUGCUUCGUGAUCAAUAUGGAGAUAUAGUUAAGAUAGAUGGUUUACCAAAUAAGCGUAAGACCAUUUUUAUAUUUUCUUCGACAUUAAUUGAAAAGGUAUAUCGUACAGAAGGUCCAUGGCCGCAAAGGAUCGCCAUGGAAUCGUUGCAUUAUUAUCGCAUAAAUAGAGAAUGGAUUUAUAAAGGAAAAUAUGGUUUAACAACGAGUCAAGGUAAAGAUUGGUAUGAUUUUCGGACAAAAGUUAAUCAACACAUGAUGCAGCCACGUGUUAUUAAUCCACAUAUUGGACAAAUGACUGAAAUUGCUAUAGAAUUUAUACAAAAGAUACGAGAAGAAUUAAGAAAUCCUAUUACGUUGGAACUACCCACUUCGUUUAAUAACGAAAUGAAUAAAUGGGCAUUAGAAUCAAUAUGUGCAAUCGCGUUAAAUCAUCGAUUGGGCUGUUUAAAAUCUAAUAUAGCUGAAGAUUCGGAACCUCAGAAAAUGAUCGAUAGCAUACAUGACAUGUUCAAUCUUAUGUUUCGUUUAGAGCUAAUGCCGUCCUUGUGGAGAAUAUAUAACACGCGUACUUUAAAAAAGUUUUUCAAUGUUCUAGAUAUUCUUAAUGGAAUAGCAAUUAAAUAUAUUACUCAGGCGAAAGAAAAAUUACAUAAUGAAACGACAUCCAAUACGCGUGAACGAAGCGUAUUAGAUAAACUUUUGUUUAUUGAUGAACAAACUGCUUAUGUAAUGGCAUUAGAUAUGUUAACUGCUGGUGUUGAUACGACAAGUAAUACAUGCGGAAUGUUGUUGUAUCAUUUAGCAAUGAAUCCACGAGCUCAAGAAAAAUUGCACAAAGAAAUCAAGUUAGCAUUACCUGAUAAAGAAUCACCAAUUACGGUAGAAACUAUGAAAAAGAUUUCAUAUUUAAAAGCAUGUCUUAAAGAAUCUCUUAGACUAUCACCGAUCGCCAUAGGUACUCUUAGAACCAUACGAGAUGAUAUUGUUAUAGGUGGAUAUAAUAUACCGAAAGAUUGUGAUAUUAUAUUAGGACAUUCAUUAUUGGCACGAGAUCCUAAAGAAUUCAAAAAUCCAGAUGAAUUUAUACCAGAAAGAUGGAUACGAGGAGAAACAGAAUUUCCAUCAGCAAAAAACGCUCAUCCGUUUUCUUACAUGCCAUUUGGUUUUGGAGCUCGUACAUGUAUUGGUAGACGAUUUGCUGAGUUUGAAAUUGAAAUUUUAGUGUUAAAGUUACUACAAAAUUUCCGUAUCGAAUGGCAUCAUUCACCUUUAAAAUUACACAAUCGUUUAAUCAAUACAAUCGCAUCUCCAUUACAAUUUAAAUUAAUAGACUUGUAAUUGAAAAAAUAAGGAAUUAUUACGUGAAGUGGAUAAAGUGUAAAAGAGGAAUACUGAUAAUGACGUGGUAGAAAAAACAUGACGCAAAAAGAUAAUGGUAAAGUCAACGUUUAAUUUAAUUAAGAAAUGAAAUAAAGUUUUUAGACUAUGAUUAUAUGAUAAAUAAUAAAACUUAAAUAAUAAUAAUAAUAAAACUUUAUUGCUAAAAACAUUUAUAAGUAAAUUUAUAUUUUUAUUGUAAAGAUUAUAACUAUUACUAUUUUAUUAUAUAUGUAUAACAUUUGUACUGACUUAUAAAUGAAAAUUAAAUAAAAAAACAAAAAAGGGUAGGUCCCACCGAGAUUUGAACUCGGAUCGCUGGAUUCAGAGUCCAGAGUGCUAACCAUUACACCAUGGGACCUUGUAUAAGUAGUAGUAAAAUUAACCCUUUUAAAUAAAGAUAAUAUAUUAUAUAUAAGAAAAAAUUAUUAAAUAUUAAUUUUUUGUAUAUGCUGUUUGUAUACACACUUUAUUUCGUUUUCGU